AUGGUGAAGACUGAAGAAAACGGAGAUGCGGCUGGUGGAAACCUCGAACCAGAACAGUAUCGAAAGAUGUUUAUUGGUGGACUUACAAGUUCUACCACCGAUGAAACACUUAAAGAAUUUUAUUCAAAAUGGGGUACUUUGGUGGACUGCGUUGUCAUGCGUGACCCAGCAACAAAGCGAUCACGUGGUUUCGGAUUUGUAAGCUUCUCGAAGCAAUCAGAAGUAGAUGCAGCUAUGGCAAAUCGGCCACAUAUCAUUGACGGUAAAACUGUCGAUCCUAAACGAGCGGUCCCACGCGAACAGUCGCAGCGAAGUGAAGCCAAUAUCUCUUCUAAGAGACUCUAUGUAUCUGGCGUGAGGGAAGAACACACGGAAGAUAUGUUCAAGGAACAUUUUGGGAAAUACGGCAACAUUUUGAAGUGUGAAAUAAUUGCGGACAAAAACACUGGGAAACCGAGGGGAUUUGCUUUCAUAACGUUUGAUGACUAUGACGCGGUCGACAAAUGUGUUUUAAUCAAAAGCCAUAUGAUUAACAAUUAUCGUUGUGAUGUAAAAAAGGCACUCAGUAAGGAGGAAAUGGCAAAGGUUCAACAACAGGAACGUGAGCGAAUGGAUCGAGGAGCACGCUCUCGAGGGCCACCAAUGGGACGUGGAGGUGGUGGAUGGGGUCCCGCUGGAGACAGAGGUGGUUAUGGUGGACAACCGUGGGGCGCUGGUCCUGGUGGACCUGGUGGUUACGGAGCAGGUGGCGGUGGUCAGUGGGGACCGUCAGGAGGUGGCUACGGAGGAGGUUAUGGUGGUGGCUACGGUGGUGCACCCGGUGGUGGUCGGGGAUGGGGCGGUGAAGGCAGUGGUGGUUGGGGAGGUCCACCAUCGCAGGGUGGAUGGGGCGCACCAUCCGGCGGUGCAGGCGCAGGAUGGGGACAAGGUGGUGGACAAGGAGGUUGGGGCACUGGCGGACAAGGUGCUGCGCAAUCAUGGGGUGGAUCAGGCGGUCAAAGUGGAGGCGGAGGCUGGGGUGGUCGAGGAUAUUAA